CCUCAUCAGUCCUUCCAGAAACGGCAUAUCAUCCUUCCUAUUCCUCCCAUGCCUUGCCCUAAUGUACCGGAAUUUUCCGGCCACCUCCCUGAUUAACUUUCAACAGUAUCUAUUCUUAAUCUUUCCUUAAAAACUACAAACUUAACGAUAAUGAUUAAACCCACGCCAUCACCCCAAUCUUAAUUAAUACAUGACACACGGUUUUCUUCCCUGAGAGGAUUGACCGGCCACCGCCAUGGGUCGGUCAUCCACCAGGGAGUCACCGAUGCUUGAGAUCAAGGUGCAGCAACGCCGUGACAACACCCCUCCACCGGGUUCUUCCUCGGUGACGAACCAACCACCACGUCCUCGCCACCCUUCUCCGUCUCCUGAAUUCAAACCAUAUAAAGAUUGGUAUCCUUGGUUAGUGCCUACCAUUGUUUUUACCAACGUCGUUCUCUUCUUAGUUUCCAUGUUCAUCAACAAUUGUCCUGCCCAUUCGAACAAAUGCAUAGCACCAGGAUUCCUCAAACGUUUCGCGUUCGAGAACAUGAAGAUAAACCCUCUUCUUGGUCCGUCUGCAGCCACGCUGUUAAAAUUGGGAGCUUUAGAAUUUAAAAAAACCGUUGAAGAAAGGGAAGAAUGGCGCAUCGUGACUUGUAUGUGGUUACACGCCGGUGUUUUUCAUGUCUUCGCGAACAUGAUGGGUCUGGUCUUUAUAGGGUCUCGCCUCGAGCAAGAGUUUGGAUUUUUGAAGAUCGGUGUGAUUUACGAAUUAUCUGGAAUUGGAGGAAGUCUUCUGUCAUCUUUGUUUGUAAGAACAAGCAUCUCUGUUGGUGCUUCUGGAGCUCUAUUCGGUCUACUCGGAGGAAUGCUCUCAGAACUUCUUACAAAUUGGACUAUUUAUGCCAACAAGUCUGCAGCAUUAUCAACUAUGAUCAUCAUCAUCCUCAUUAACGUUGCUGUUGGAAUUCUUCCACAUGUAGACAACUAUGCACAUAUUGGAGGAUUUUUCACAGGUUUCUUUCUAGGGUUUAUCGUUUUGAUCCGUCCGCAAUUCAAGUGGACAAACCAGAAACACGUUCCUCCUGGCUAUAUCGCCCCAACCACGAAAUCCAAAUACAAAAGUUAUCAAUACAUACUUUUGAUUAUCUCUCUAAUUGUUCUACUUGUUGGAUUUACGGUUGGUUUGGUUUUGCUUUUUCACGGGGUUGAUGGAAACGAUUAUUGUUCGUGGUGCCAUUAUUUGACUUGUAUCCCUACACCUUUAUGGACUUGCGAAGUGCGUUGCAAGUUGGAGAAGUUAGACAAGCAAAUAAAUAUGACAUGCCUACAUAAUGGGAAAUUCGACUCUUUUAUGCUUGAGGAUGGUAAUGACAUCACUGAGAUGCAAACAUUGUGCUUAGAACUUUGUAGCCAAAUGUCUUGACGAUCAAUUGAAAUGGCAUGGUGGAACAUGAAAAUUUUGCUCAAGGCUCAUGAGUUUUAGUUGGUUUGUUUCAAGAUGUAACACAUACAAUGCUAACAACCUGGUUUUUUCACGACUUGUAUAUUGAAAUUAAUGGUAAAAAUGUUUAUAUGAGUUUCGUACGUGAAGCAAGGUAAAUAUUUGGCAUUACAAUGUAAUUCAUAUGCUAUCUAAUGC